AUGGACCAGCUGCUCACACUGCUGACUGAUGAAGUGACCAACAAUGUGAACUCUGCUCUGGGCACCAGCACAGUGCAGGACAGGGGUCUGCUGGUUUCUGAGGACAGAACAUAUAAGACACCCAAGGACAAACUCAUAGCUAUGGUUCGUCAGAGAGAGUCUCUUACAAACGGCCUCUUGGAGUCCAACCAGGACCAGCUCAAUGAUGACCGAACUUUUCUGCCUGGACAAGAUAUCUUUCUUGUGAGAUCUCCAUCCACACUCCAGAAAGAUGUCCAAGAAAUCCUCGAGAAGGAAGCCCAAGAGCUGAGUGGAGAUAGCAGCAGCCUGAUCCAUGACAGUGAAAAAUCCGCAGCCUCUAUCGUCCGCACCAUCUCAGACGAAAGGGCUUCAGAAGAAUCAGUGGAUCCAACACCAGUGCCAGGACACUCUGGCACCAAGCUGCUCUGGUUACACAAAGUGACACAGGAGCUUAAGUCCUUCUUUCUCAUGUGCUUUUCAAAAGCAGCCAUCUGCAGAUGCCUGAGGAGGCUAUACUGCUUGUGUGGUCACUCUCCGCCUUCGAGCAGCGAGGUUCAGAAUUUGACAAAUGAAGCGCUCAGAUUUCUGAUGCAAGAACCCUCAAACCAGGACGUCUAUGAAAGCACAAUCUCUGGGCUGAACGACGCCAUGGCCAUGGGCGAUGGGCUCAGUGAGGAGAGCUGGUCGAGUUGGGAGCUGUCUGAGUCCCUCACCAGACCCCUGCAGCCUUGGAUACAAAACCUGGAAUUCAGAAGAGCUGCCCAUGAAUAA